AUGGUGCUGGACGCUGGAGGAGGAGCAGGCAGUAGUGCGCGCUGUGAGCAGGAGAAGAGUGUUAAGGGGGUAGACCCCAAAUUCCUGAGGAACAUGCGCUUUGCCAAGAAGCACAAUAACAAGGUCCUGAAGAAGAUGCAAACCAACAAUGCCAAAGCCGUGGAUGAACGCGCCGAGGCUGGGAAGGCUCUUGUCAAGCCCAAAGAGGUCAAGUCCAGGAUCCCAAGGGGUGUCAACUGCAAGCUCAGCCGAUUGGCCUACAUCACCCAACCCAGGCUUGGGAAGCGGCUCUUCUUCCUGCUGACUUCAUCAGGAGCUCUAGCUCAGAAGUCCCAAGCUUCCUGUCCUUCAUGUCCCAAGAAUGCCUAUUGUGUCAAUGGGACUUAUUGUACCUGUGACUCUGGAUUUGUUUCCACAUCUAAGAAAACCUACUUCACAUUCCCCUACGAGCAAUGCACAGACAUUGACGAAUGUGCACCACCCAUUAGUGUAUAUUGCGGAGUAAAUGCUAAAUGUCUGAAUACUGAAGGCAGUUUCCAGUGUCACUGCACCUCUGGAUACAAGCUCAUUUCUGGGGAUACACAAUUCAAGAGUUCCAGUGAAAAUACAUGUCAAAGUAAGAAAAAUCUGGAAACACUGCAUGGUUCAAAAUCACUGCAACAGGUUAUUGACAGCGUUCAGACUCUCAUCGCCAAUAAAAGUCUCUGGGAAAAUGGAAGUAAAAGUGAAAUUGCAUCUGUAGCUACAUCCAUCCUCCAAAAGGUGGAACUGAAGGUUCUGGAAACUGCUUUGAAAGACCCAGAGCAAAAGGUCCAGAAAAUCUACAACAGUACCGUGGCUGUUGAAACUCGAGUUGUUAAAAACAACUGCUCUGAGGAAAAAAAGGUCUUCAGCUUGCAGGCCCAGAUGAACUCAGUGGACAUCCACUGCAAUGACGUCAUCGAGGAAAACACACAAGGUCCAAGUGCAAUUGCCUUUAUUUCAUACACUUCUCUUGGGGACAUCAUUGAUGCAACUUACUUUGAAGAAAUUAAUGAGACCGAUCGAGUCUACCUUAAUUCCCAGGUAGUGAGUGCGGCUAUCGGACCCAAAAGGAACACUUCUAUCUCCAAGUCUGUCACACUGAGUUUUCUGCACAAAAAGGUGUCUCCAACAAACAAAAAGCCUUUCUGUGUCUACUGGAAGAACUCCAAGGACGGUGGCCGCUGGUCCACAGACGGCUGUUUCCUGGUACACGUGAACGAGAGUCACACCAUAUGCACGUCCAUCCACCUGUCCAGCUUUGCCGUCCUCAUGGCCUACAGUAGCCAGGUCCUGGAAGAAGAUCCCGUGCUAACCGUGAUCACCUACGUGGGGCUGAGUCUCUCUCUGCUGUGCCUCCUCCUGGCAGCUCUCACCUUCUUCCUGUGCAAAACCAUCCAGAACACCAGCACCUCGCUCCACCUGCAGCUCUCACUCUGUCUAUUCUUGGCCCACCUCCUCUUCCUCAUUGGUAUUGACCAAACUGAUCCCAAGGUGUUGUGUGCCACCAUUGCUGGUGCCUUACAUUACCUCUAUCUGGCCGCCUUCACCUGGAUGCUGCUGGAUGGUCUGCACCUCUUCCUCACUGCAAGAAACCUGGCAGUGGUCAACUAUGCCAAUGUGAGCAAACUCAUGGGCAAGCUCAUGUUCCCUGUGGGCUACGGGGUCCCAGCUGUGAUCGUGGCGAUAUCUGCCGCGUCCAGACCACAUCUCUAUGGAACAUCUGCCCGAUGCUGGCUACACCUGGACCAGGGAUUCAUCUGGGGUUUCCUUGGCCCUGUUUGUGCCAUUAUCUGUGUAAAUUUCAUGUUUUUUUUCUUGGUCCUUUUUAUUUUGCAAAGGAAACUUUCCUCCCUCAACAGUGAAGUGUCCACCAUCCAGAACACAAGGGUGCUGACUCUCAAGGCAACAGCUCAGCUCUUCAUCCUGGGCUGCACCUGGUGUCUCGGCGUCCUACAGGUGGGCUCAGCCGCCCAGGUCAUGGCCUACCUCUUCACCGUCAUCAACAGCCUGCAGGGCAUCUUCAUCUUCCUGGUCUACUGCCUUCUCAGCCAGCAGGUCCGGAAACAAUACCAAAAGUGGUUUAGAGAGAUCGUGAAAUCAAAAUCUGAAUCUGAGACUAAUACUUUUUCCACCAAGAUUGGCCUCGACUCAAAACCCAGUGAGGGUGGUGGGAUGCAUGCCAAAUGA